CCCGUUGUGACUUGUGACCCCCCAUUCUCUCUCCUCUGUUACUUUUACUCCCCUAGAGAGAGAGAGAGAGAGUCAGAAGUUCAGCUUCAAACGCCAAACACGUGAACGAGAAACUGCACAGUUCUGAAUUCAUCUCUAAAAAGCUUCCAUAGUUGUAGUUGCAGCACCUCACAACACACAAAUGGCGUCUUCUUCUUCAUUAGUAGUACUACUCCUAUGCCUCUUUAAUCAUUCACUAGCAAGUUUACUAGCCGAACCAGCAAAACCACCACUCGACGACGACACAACUCCAAACACAGUCCCAGCAUUCCCAGUCCAAACCACGCCACAAAUCUGCCGUCUCGACCUCUCCGAAGAACUAUUCGGCGGCGUAAAAGAUGCAUGCGGUCGGAAUCUCGACCGCAGCCGUUGCUGCCCUGUUCUCGCCGCCUGGCUCUUCGCAGCACACGCCCGUUCCGCCCUACAGAUUGCUCCGGCAGCAUCACUUCAACAAUCCUCCGAUUUACCAUUCAUACCAGACGACUCACAAAAAUGCAUCGAUUCUCUAGAAACCUCUCUACAAAACCGCAACAUUCAUAUCGCUCAACCAAACGCCACCUGCGAUACCGCCCUCUGUUUCUGCGGUAUCCGUCUACAUCAAAUCAGUUCACUCAGCUGUCCCGCCGCCUUUAACUUAACCGCCACCCGAAACGCCACCGCCACCGCCACUCCCACCCCCACCGCCGCCGUCAGAGAACUUGAACGUAACUGCCAUAACUCUUCCUACGCCGGCUGUACCAAAUGUCUCGGUUCUUUACAGAAGUUGAAGGGUGGAAGUAAAAAUGGUGGCGACCGGGCGAGCAAGAUAUUCAGUAAGGAUUGUCAGUUGAUGGGUUUGACGUGGCUACUUGCCCGGAAUAAGACGGCGUAUAUUCCGACGGUAUCGGCGGUGCUCCGGGCAUUGAUGUAUAGUGCGCACCCACCUCAUCAAUCUAAGUGCAGUCCUGAUCAGGAAAACAUGCCACUCGCCGUCAAUUCAUUGCAAUUUGACAAGUCAGGUUCUCCGGCGACGACGACGGCGACGAUUAUUAGACAUGUUUGGUUUACAGUUUUGCCCCUUAUCUAUCUACUAAGACUACUUUGAAACACGGGCUAGAAGAGGAGCAGGAAUCUAUUUCGUCGUGAAGCUAGAUAGAGGGAGUUAUUUGUCUUUUUGGCACACUGUAAAUUUAGACAGGUCUUUUUGUACUGAUAUGCUUUUUCAAGAAAAUAUGUUUUACC